UCGCUCACCAACCUUCAAAUUUCCACACCUUCCAAAAGACUAAUGAAUCAUGCCACCAGCACAACCAGCAGCAGAACCGCCAACGGCGGCGCCUCCACCACCAAACUUCUGGGGUGACAUGCCGGAGGAAGAAUAUUAUUCUUCACAAGGAGUCCGCAACACAAAAUCAUACUUCGAAACCCCAAAUGGCAAACUCUUUACACAAUCAUUCCUCCCACUUGACACCACCCAAGCCCUCAAGGCCACCGUAUAUAUGUCUCACGGUUACGGUUCCGACACCGGGUGGCUCUUCCAGAAGAUCUGCAUCCACUACGCCACCUGGGGAUACGCCGUCUUCGCCGCCGACCUCCUCGGCCACGGCCGUUCUGACGGGAUCCGGUGCUACCUAGGGGAAAUGGAUAAGGUGGCUGCCUCCUCUUUGAGCUUCUUCAAGAGCGUGAGGUUUAGUGAUGAGUACAAGCAUAUGCCGGCAUUUCUGUUCGGGGAAUCCAUGGGUGGACUUGCCACCAUGUUGAUGUACUUCCAAUCGGAGCCCGGAACUUGGACCGGGUUGAUUUUCUCCGCCCCGCUUUUUGUAAUUCCAGAACCCAUGAAGCCCUCUAAGGUACAUUUAUUCAUGUACGGACUGCUGUUUGGAUUAGCUGAUACAUGGGCAGCCAUGCCGGACAAUAAGAUGGUAGGGAAGGCCAUUAGAGACCCCGAAAAGUUAAAGAUUAUCGCCUGUAAUCCAAGAAGAUACACUGGGAAGCCUAGAGUUGGAACGAUGAGAGAGAUAGCAAGGCAGUGCGAGUACGUGCAAAACAAUUUCCACAAGGUAACGGUGCCAUUUUUGACAGUCCACGGGACAUUGGAUGGAGUCACUUGCUCGUCCGGGUCGAAGAUGUUGUACGAGAAGGCAAGCAGCGAGGACAAGAGUUUGAAGCUGUAUGAAGGAAUGUACCAUUCAUUGAUCCAAGGGGAGCCUGAUGAAAGUGCAAAUCUUGUUCUGGCUGAUAUGAGGGCUUGGAUUGAUGAAAGAGUUGAGAGGUAUGGUCCAAAGUGCAAUGGCAACGAGUAAUACUCUUGUUACAUUACUUGCAUCCAUUUGUUAUAUUAUUAUUAUGGGCUUUUAUCAAAUGUUGGAGGCCUGUGGUGUUUUAUAUGUUGAGGUUGUUGUGAGAAUUUGAGAUACAUGGGCAUAAAUGUUGAACUUAUGUGUAACAAGGAAAUGAAAUUUAUUUGACCAUUUAUUCAAAUAUAACCAAGGGGAUGUCUAGGAA